AUGUCGUCAGAAGACGGUGCUUUCGUUAGUUCUAGUCCCAUUGCGCUUCUUCCCGAUGAGCUCCUUGGUGCCAUCUUCUUGCUGAACUCACUCAAAGUCCAAGAAGUAGACGACAAUACCGACGCACCCCUUCACGAUCGACAUGCGACACUCCUUGCAACCAGCGCCGUAUGCAAACGAUGGCGCGAAGUGGCGUUCAGCUAUCCAGUCCUGUGGGGUAACGUAAUCGACUUUGAGAAGCACUCCGACAAGUGGAUAGAAGAGCUGCUCCGCCGAUCCAAAUCGUCCCUCAUCGACGUAGGCGAACAAUCCGCCUUUAAAGCCAUUCAUCUACGCAACCCCAAGUCACGGCCCAUUCUCCAGAGUCUUGCCCGGGACCGCUCAAAGCUCCGUACGCUCUCGCUCAACAUCCGCAUCUCCCCGUUCGACUACAUAUGCCAGAAUUUCCUCCAACAUCCUGCCCCGAACCUCGAGUACUUCAACCUCAUCACGUCCUCGCCCUUCCCCGAGUUCUUGCACCCCGACCCGCUGUUCAUGGACCAAGCCCCGCGCCUGCGGGAGUUUCAUUUACAGCGCUGUCUCGUCGAUUUUCGCUCAGUGGCACUGCAUCAUCUCACAUCAUUGUCAGUCAUGGACAUCAUAUCGCCUGGGAUAUUGUCGUUUAGAAGACCUAAUCACCCAUUGAAAGUCGCCCCGACUGUGCGAGGGUGGCUCGAGAUCCUGAAGGACAUACCGUCACUUCAGUAUCUCACUUUACACAACGCCAUCACGCGCACGGAUUUCGAUAGGGAUACGCUUAGCUCGCUCAAAGGGAUCGAUCUCCCGAAUCUCAUUUUCCUGACUAUCGGUGCAGAGCUUCAAGAUGGUGCCGUUUUCCUGAACCACGUCUCGAUCCCAGGGGCAUGUGGCAUUAGGUUGCGAUUGAAUUGCCAAAGGUCGUCCCUUGGGAAGAGUGGAGAGGAUUUGCUCACAUACCUCGGCCAACGCCUCUCCCACUGGCCCCACGAUUCCCCAGACCGGUACCUCCAAGCCAAAGCCCUCAGCGGGUCCCGAAUCCACUUCGGGAACUCGCACCGCGUUGGGUAUGUUUGGGACAUGACCGAGCCUGACGUGAUCGCAGACCAUAAGCGGUCCUCCAGCGACCCAUUGACGUGGCUCGUCCUCUCGUUUAACACCUCGGAGGACACCCUGGGGUUCUUCGACAAGCUACUCUCACUCUAUCAGCCCACGUACGCGACGACGACUGUCCUGGUCCUGUGGUUGGACGAAGAGUUUGCCAGGACGAGCAACAAUGACCCGGCACUCCCGGCUUUCGACGUCCAGGUCCUCCACUCGUUCACCUCGGUGAAGGCCCUGAAUCUGCUCGAGAGAUCGCCACUUUACCUCCUCCCUCUCUUCCAAUCAGCAUCGUCCGCGACGAGCACAAUCCUCCCCUCCCUCCGGUCCCUACGACUGACGAAGACGAAUUUCGAGGACGAGCAACGCGCUGCGUACUUCACGGUCCUCGCCUUCCUCUUCUGGAGAACUCAUGUCCAGGCCCCAGUGGCCGAACUUCAAGUUAUCGAUGGGAAGAUAAACGCGGAGACGGUAGACUCGUUGGAACGCAACGGGAAUGUGAAGAUCAUGCAAGCCCCGCUGCAGUACAUUCCCGUGGAUUACCUGUCCGAUGGUGGACCAUGA